UUUAAUCAAGCUAGUCAAAAAUCUACCGGCGAAUGCGUUACUCAGCAAGAAAUUUACAACUUUUGUCUUGAAAAUUCUACAGUAAAGUUUAAACAUGAGGAUGAAUAUUACAUCCGCGGCUGGUGUACUGUCCAUGUUGGAUGAGCCAGAACCACAGCUUAAGGUUUUUGCAUUAGAAAAACUGAACAAGAUAGUUGACCAGUUCUGGGCAGAAAUCUCGGAGUCCAUAGAUAAGAUCGAAGUACUCUAUGAAGAGUCAGGGUUCAAGCAGCGAGACCUGGCUGCACUGGUUGCUUCAAAGGUUUACUAUCAUCUGGGAGCAUUUGAGGAAUCAUUAACAUAUGCCCUUGGUGCAGGAAAUUUGUUUAAUGUGAAUGACACAACAGAAUAUGUUGAGACCACUAUUGCCAAAUGUAUAGAUCACUACACAAAGUUACGAGUGGUAAAUGCUGAAAACACUGAAGAUGAACAAAAGCCUAUUGACAGUCGACUGGAAGCCAUUGUUAACAGAAUGUUCCAGAGAUGCUUUGAUGACAAACAGUUUAAACAGGCUGUUGGUAUUGCCCUUGAGACCAGGAGAAUAGAUAUAUUUGAGAAGGCCAUCCUUGAAAGUGAUGAUGUUAACUACAUGUUAUCAUACAGUCUGAAAGUAACUAUGUCCCUUAUACAACACAGACAGUUUAGAAACACAGUACUGGGCGUGCUCACUAAACUCUACAUGGGUCUAACAACUCCAGACUACAUCAGUGUUUGUCAGUGUUACAUAUUCUUGGAUGAUGCUCAGUCAGUGGCAGAAGUGCUGGAAAAACUUGUUAAAGGAGAUGAGACCUCAGUGUUGAUGGCAUAUCAGAUAGCAUUUGACAUGUAUGACAGUGCCACCCAGCAGUUUCUGAACCGAGUACAGACCACCCUGCGUGCCACAGCACCAAUGCCAAUCACCUUGGAGAAGACACCAAUUCAAGAAACUACUCCAGUGCAGGCAACCUCUGAUGACAAAGACAAAGAUAAGGACACUGCUGAAGGGACCUCCAUGGAGACAGAAGAGGCCAGUACACCAGCUCCAGCACCAGCUAAAGAAACCAAAGAAAAAACUCUUACGGAAUCAGAGAAACAACUACAAGACCGGUUAACAAAAUUAAUGAUCAUCCUGAGUGGAGAUACCACAAUAGAUCUGCAUCUCCAGUUCCUCAUUAGAAACAACAAAACUGAUCUACUUAUACUCAAAACUACAAAAGAAGCUGUCCGUAAUUCUGUAUGCCAUUCUUCAACUGUUGUAGCUAAUGCCUUCAUGCAUUGUGGAACAACCAGCGACCAAUUCCUUAGAGAUAACUUGGACUGGCUAGCAAGAGCUACAAACUGGGCCAAAUUCACAGCUACAGCUAGUCUUGGUGUUAUACAUAAGGGUCAUGAAAAGGAGGCAUUGAAUCUCAUGUCAACAUAUUUACCUAAAGACAGUAGUCCAGGAUCAGCAUAUUCAGAAGGAGGCGGACUUUUUGCUCUAGGUUUGAUUCAUGCCAACCAUGGUGGAAAUAUAACAGAUUACCUCCUGAAUCAAGUAAAAGAAGCAACGUCAGAUAUGGUACGUCAUGGAGGAUGUUUAGGAUUAGGACUUGCUGCCAUGGGAACCGCCAGACAAGAUAUAUAUGAACAACUAAAGUUUAACCUGUACCAAGAUGAUGCUGUGACAGGCGAAGCUGCAGGUCUGUCAAUGGGUCUGGUCAUGGUUGGAACAAAGUCGGCACAAGCUAUAGAGGACAUGGUAGCGUAUGCACAAGAAACCCAGCAUGAAAAGAUCUUGAGAGGUCUAGCAAUUGGUAUAUCCCUUACCAUGUACGGACGUAUGGAGGAGGCAGAUGCUCUUGUAGAGAGUUUAUGUCGAGAUAAAGACCCUAUACUGAGAUGGUCUGGAAUGUACACAAUAGGAAUGGCAUACUGCGGGUCUGGGAAUAAUCAGGCUAUCAGAAAACUGCUCCAUGUUGCUGUGAGUGAUGUCAAUGAUGAUGUAAGAAGAGUUGCAGUGACAUCUCUAGGAUUCCUUCUGUUCAGGACCCCAGAGCAAUGCCCAAGUGUGGUUUCCUUGUUAUCAGAGAGCUACAAUCCACAUGUAAGAUUUGGGGCUGCAAUGGCUCUUGGUAUUGCAUGUGCUGGUACAGGACUAAAGGAAGCAAUGAACCUGAUAGAGCCUAUGACAAAUGACCCUGUGAACUAUGUAAGACAAGGGGCACUUAUUGCUUCGGCUAUGAUUCUUGUACAGCAGAACGAGGUCACAUGUCCUAAGGUUGGCCAUUUCCGACAGAUGUACAGUAAGAUCAUCAGUGACAAACAUGAUGACAUCAUUGCUAAAUUUGGAGCUAUUUUGGCACAGGGCAUAAUUGAUGCAGGUGGAAGAAAUAUGACAAUAUCGUUACAGUCAAGGACGGGACACAGUAAUCUGGAGGCUAUAGUGGGUAUCCUGGUCUUCUCGCAGUUCUGGUUCUGGUACCCGCUAACACACUUCCUGUCACUGUCGUUUACACCCACAUGUACAAUUGGUCUAAACAGUGACCUUAAGAUGCCAAAGGUGGAAAUGAGAUCAAAUGCAAAGCCGUCAACAUUUGCUUACACACCAAAUCUGGAGGAGAAGAAAGAAAAUAAGAAAGACAAAGUAGAGACUGCCAUCCUGAGUAUAACAGCAAAACAGAAGAAGAAAGAAGCAGAAAAGAAGAAAGAUGAAGAAAAAAUGGAAGUGGAUGAGAAAGCAGAUGACAGUACAGAGAAGAAACCAGCAGAGAAAACUGAAAAGAUGGAAACAGACAAAGAAAAAGAAAAGGAAAAAGAUGGAGAGAAAGAAAAAGAAGAGAAGAAGAAAGAACCAGAACCAAACUUUGAAAUAUUGAACAACCCAGCUCGUACCAUGAGAGCACAGUUGAAGGUUCUUACAAUGACAGAAGGAAGUCGUUACACACCACUCAAGGACAUCUGUAACGGAGGAAUUAUUUUAAUGAAGGAUGUUAAACCUGGAGAGAAGGAAGAAAUAGUGGAACCAGUCAUUGCGGGUGGACCUAAAGUUGAAGAAGAGGAGGAGCCUGAGCCACCAGAGCCAUUUGAAUGGACAGAAGAUUAAAUAAGCUGCACCUACCUGUAGUUUAAAGCUCUUGACAUUUACAGCACACAACAUAGCAUCAGGAGAAGCUAGCCUAUGAACAUUCUGAUAGAAUUUCUAUAUUUCUUGUGACUUAUACAAUCAUUUAUGGAUUACUUAAUCUAUAUUGUGAAGAAAAAAUGUGUUUUUAAAUUAGCAAAACUGGAAAAGGAGAACAAUGUAGAAGGGUUAUACAUUCAAAUUAUUUAUAUCUGAUACACUUUAGGGGAUUUAGUGUGCUUUACUAAACUUUCUUUUGAAAGUGUUUAUGUAACAAACAAAAUUAGAAUAAUAUGCUUUUUGUCUUGAUAAAAUAUUGUGACCAGGCUUCUUACAAAUAAAAAACUUUACAGCUAA